AUGUGGAGUUGGCGCCAGGAAAAUGCUGCACAAGUCAUCAAGCUCUUUAAGGAACACUCAAAGAAGAAGGAGGGCUAUCUGAGUAAGGAUGAAUUUGUGACGAUCCUGCAGAGGUACCCCUGCUGCAAAGAGACGCACUACCCUUCGGCCUUUUUCGAGCUCUUUGACCGAAACGAGGAUGGCUACCUGAGUGAGUCUGACUUUCUGGGUGGCAUGCUGGCCGUCAGUUGCAAUCUCAGCAAUGGCAAGAUGAUGGAGGGCAAGGGCAAAGGCAAGGCCCAAGCAGCUCCAAAGCCGAGCAGCUGGGCCAUCCAGGGCGGGGCCGCCGAGAAGAUCAUCGUGGCGGAGCCGCCCAACAAACGACGCAAAGGCGAUGGGAAGGAUGGUAAGGAUGGCAAGAACGGUGGCGACGGCAAGGGCGAUGGGAAGGCGAACGGCAAGGGCAAAGUGGACAACGAGUUGCAACAGAACCAGGCGACUGAUGGACAGAUCGAGGCCAUUUGCGACUUGUUGAGAUCCAACAAAGUGGAUCAAGCACUUCAGCUGAUGCAGAAGGAGCUUGGUGAUGUCACAAAAGCCAAUUCCAUUUCCGUCAAACAGCUGGGUCAGUUGGUGAAUGCUGUGGGCCUAAGAACACCACAGGAGCUGGCCUUGAAGUUUCUGGAUGCCGUGGAUGCCCUGGGAUUGCCCAAGUUCCCCAGUUACGGUGCGCAUGCUUACUUCAGCCGCUACGCGCGAUGGGCGUUGAGGGAGUUCCUGUCCGAAGCGGAAUCUGCAGUGGAGCAGGCAACGUCCACUCCUGCGCAUAUUCUGGAGAAGACAGGGGUGUGCAUUCCAAUGAUGGAGGCGGCUCCAUCUGAGAAAGGUCCCAACUACGUGAUGUUGAGCCCCUGUGCCGGGCUGCUCCCAGCUGGGCACAGCUUUCAACGUGGCGAUUGGUUACUGGUGACCUUUCCCCCCACGGCGACCCCUGGGAUCAGCAUCACCAGCCGCGGCGAUGUCAGCGUAGAGGCGGAGGUGGUGAUGAUCACAGCACCUCCGGGGCAGGGAAUUCUGGUGCGGAUGGUCGGUGAGCUGGGAAGAAAUGCAGGCGAGAAGUUCAACAAGAAGACAUGCCGCGUGGACCGGGUCGCGAACCACGUCACCCUGGGUCGUCAGUUGAAUGCACUAGUGUUGCUUUGUAGCCCCGUCUCCAAAGAAGAGGAAGAGGAAGCUGCAAAUGGCAAAAAAGGUAAAAAGGGCAAAGGCAAAGGGAAAGAGGAGAAGAGACCCACCACCCCUAUGUGGCUGAAGGACGUGUUGUUGGCCGUGGACAACAACCUCUCAGGCAUCGAACCAGGCCUAUCGGCGGUGGAGUUUCAAGGGGCCGGAAUCUCCCACCAUUCGCCCUUGGUGAAGGAAUGCAAUGAUUCUCAGAGCAAAGCCCUGUUAGCAGCUGGCAGCAGGCGCCUGUCGUUGAUCCAGGGUCCCCCUGGCGCCGGCAAAACGACCACGGCACUGCUCUUGGUCCGUGGCUGGACAGCGGCGCGACGUGGCCCGGUGCUGUGCUGUGCAGAUUCCAACAUCGCAGUGGACAAUUUGACAGCGGGCUGUGUGAAGGCUGGGCUGAAAGUGGUGCGCAUCGGUCGCCCCGAAGCUACCCGAUUUGACCUGGAGAAAUACAAUCUGCUGGAGAUGGUGAAGGACGCUAAAGCAGCUGAUCACAACGACUCUCAGGGCCACUUGGCUCAUCAACGUGCCAUCUUGGAGGAAGCCGAAGUGGUUUGCAGCACAUGUGCCGGUGCCGACCACCCGGUCUUGCAGGGCAAGGAUUUUGGGUGUAUUCUGAUUGAUGAAGCGGGACAAACCACGGAACUCGCGGUCUUAGUUCCCCUGAUGAAGAUGAGAAAAGAUGGCGUGGUGACCCUGGUGGGAGACCAUCGGCAACUUCCACCUACCAUCAGCAACGUGGAGGUGGAUGUGGAGGGCUUGGGCACCUCUCUCUUUGAGCGCUUGUCCUCGCAUGGUGUGGAGCCUUUCAUGUUGGACAUCCAAUAUCGUAUGCAUCCGGCCAUCGCCUCCUACCCCUCCGUGGCCAGCUACGGGGGCCGGCUGCGCAGCGGCAUCAGCGGCCAGAAGCGGCGCGCACCGCAGGGCAUCGCGUGGCCCAUCCCGGAAGCGCCGGUGACGUUUCUGCCGGUGGAAGGAAAGGAGACCUCUGAAGGGACCUCUUGGCUCAAUGAAACCGAGGUGGAAGCCCUUGAGGCCCUGCUGCAGAGUGCCCUGGCCUGGAACGACAUCAGUCCCUCGGAGAUCGGCGUCAUCACGCCCUACGCGGCGCAGGCGCGGCUCAUCCGCCGGCGCCUGGGCUGCCCGGCGCCGGGCAAACGGGCGCCCGAAGGGGCCGUGGGCGUGGCAUUGGUGGAGGUCAGCAGUGUGGAUGGCUUCCAGGGACGUGAAAAGGACUUGAUUUUGGUGAGCACGGUACGUGCCAACACCAGUGGCAAGGUGGGUUUCCUGGGCGAUCCCCGACGCCUCAACGUCACCAUCACGCGCUCGCGGCGUGGCCUGGUGGUGGUGGGACACUUCGAGACCUUGGCGUCCGACGAGUUCACGUGGCGGCCAUGGUUGACCUGGGCGCAGGAGAGAGGCCUGGUUGCCGGCUGUGAAGCCACCAAUGUGGAAGCUGCUGCAGCGCUAAAGCAGUUAGAAUUGCUCUCCGAGGAACAGUUACUGAGUCCAUUGACACCUCACAAGUUGGAUUCCCCGUCCGGACAGUUGAGGAUGCAGUUCAUCUUCCUGUACUACGAUCAGAAUCGCAAUGGCCGUUUGGAGGUGGAAGAGGUGGCGACAAUGAUCGAACACAUCCAGCAGUUGCAUGGUGAAUCCUGCAGCAGUGCAAUGGUUGAUGCCAAAGCUUUAGUGUCGUUGUAUUCGGGACCCUUCGGCUUCGCGGCCUUCUACGAUGCCGCGCAGCAGCGGAUGCUGAAUGGAACCUCACCAUUGCUGAGAACCCAACAGGAUUUGCUGGAGGCGGUGAGACGCCAAGCGAACGAUCAGAACGAAAGCGGUGCCCGGCUCACAUCCAAUGGUUCCACCAAGGAAGAUCCCUUAGCAUCGCUCGCAGGUCCGCCAAAUACUCGAGCAAAUGAAGGAAAUCUGAGUCCACUCGGCAACAAUGCGACUGGAAACUUGCAGCCGCAUCCGUCUCUGCCUUCAGCUGCACUUUCCAGGCCUCCGUCCCGUUCACGGUCUGAGUAUCGGCGGGAUCAAGGAGGAGCACAGGCCAUCGCCUUACGUGUGGUGAGGAGUUUGAUGGAUCUGUCAGGGGAGAAUGGAGCAGGAUGGAGGUCCAAUCUGAAUUUGGUCACUGCUCGAGAGCUAGUGGUGUUAUGUGAUGCUGUAGUCGAUCUCUUGAGACAAGAAGACUCCUUAGUGGAGGUGGCCUUCCCUUGCCGGGUCUACGGUGACAUCCACGGGCAGCUUUUGGAUCUGCUGGAGUUCUUUAACGCAUUCUCAUGGCCGGACAAGCGCAAGGGCGACAUCUUCUCCAUGAACUAUGUCUUCUUGGGAGACUUUGUCGACCGUGGAGCUUAUUCGUGUGAUGUGAUUACCUUGCUCUUUUCCAUCAAGGUCCUGUAUCCUUGCAAAGUCUUUCUGGUCAGGGGGAAUCAUGAGGAUCGUUUGAUGAACGUGAAUUAUGGCUUCCAUGCAGACUGUGCAAGGAAGUUUGGUCGCGACGGAGAUGACAUGUGGGAGCGUGUGAAUGACGUCUUUGAAUUUCUGCCCAUCUCGGCUGUUGUUGGAGGAGAAAUCCUCUGCAUCCACGGUGGCAUCGGCGAUUCCAUCAACCUACUGGAUGACCUACGGGGCAUUCCCAAACCCAUCCAGGUGGCCUGCGAAAUCAAUGAAAGGACAACUCGCCAAGAUCGCAUGGUCCUUGAUGCUUUGUGGUCAGAUCCCACGGAGAACGACCAGGUUCUAGGCGUCCACAUGUCGCCGCGUGGGAAGAACACCUGCCGUUUCGGUCCUGACCGAGUGAAGGCCGGAGGAUGGGGAUAG